AUGAAAUCAGGAAACCAAACACGUGCUUCAGAAUUCAUCCUUUUGGGGCUCUCAGAUGAGGCAGAGCUGCAGUCCCUCCUCUUUGGGCUGUUCCUGUCCAUGUACCUGAUCACCUUCACUGGGAAUCUGCUCAUCAUCUUGGCCAUCAUCACGGAUGCCCAUCUUCACACACCUAUGUACCUCUUCCUCUCCAACCUCUCUUUCACAGACAUCUGUUUCACCUCCACCAUUGUCCCAAAGAUGCUGCUGAACAUCCAGAGGCAGAAUAAUGUUAUUACCUAUGAAGGAUGCAUCACCCAGAUGUAUUUUUUCAUGCUUUUUGUAGGAUUUGACCAUUUUCUCUUGACAGCGAUGGCCUAUGACCGGUUUUUGGCCAUCUGUCAUCCCUUGCGCUACACACUCAUCAUGAAUCCCAAGUUCUGUGGCCUCCUGCUUCUGGCAUCCUGGUUAUUGAGUGUUCUGGAUGGUCUAGUAAAUUGCUUAAUGAUUUUGCGACUGUCUUUUUGUACAGAGCUGGAAAUCCCCCACUUUUUCUGUGAAAUUAAUCAGGUCAUCCUACUGGCUUGUUCUGACACCUUCCUCAAUGACUUAGUGAUAUAUUUAGCAACUGGAUUUCUGUGUGUUCCACCAGUCUGUGGAAUACUUUUCUCUUACACUAAGAUUGUAUCCUCCAUUUGGAGAAUUUCAUCAGCUGAGGGCAAGCAUAAAGCCUUUUCCACUUGUGGGUCUCACCUCUCAGUUGUUGCCUUGUUCUAUGGUACAAGUCUUGGAGUUUAUCUGAGUUCUGCUGCUACCCAAAACUCCAGAGAAAUUGCAGUAGCUUCAGUGAUGUACACUGUGAUCACACCCAUGCUGAACCCAUUUAUCUACAGUCUUAGAAACAAGGACAUAAAGCAGGCCCUAAGAAAACUUUUCAGUUGA